AUGGAGAACAAGGCGGCGACGGGGAGGUACGUGACUUCUCAGACGUCGGUGUGGUGGGACAUAGACAGCUGUCCGGUUCCGGCUGGAUACGAUGCUAGUCUGGUCGGUCCGAGUAUACACUUGGCGUUGGAGAAAUUAGGGUACCGUGGUCCCAUCACCAUCACUGCCGUGGGCAAACUAAAACGCACCUCUGAAGACGUCAUGCGAGCCAUCUCUCCCACUGGAAUUACUGUUAAAUACGGCGGAUUAGGUUGCCGCAGCACUUGUGCGGAGUUGUUCAGUUGGCAACUUGCUAAUCCAGCUCCGGCUACAAUUAUGUUCAUAUCCAGCCCCUCUGUGUUGAAAUCCUUGUCACAUCGACUUCGCUCUGUACCGAAAGAAUACAACAUGCUUCUGGCAUAUGGAUCUUCUCUGCCUGAAAAAGAUCCAAAACUGGUCACUUGUGCAGAGUGGCUCUGGGAAAGCUUACUGAAAGAAGCAAUGUGUUCAGAUGGUAAACUGGAGGCAAAAAGACAGAUUCUCAUGGAGGAAAAGCGCAGUAAAUCAUUAAAGCCUUUUAAUUGCACACUAUGCUACUCUGCUUGGCGAAGCGUUGAAGCAUUCACAACUCAUCUCCAGGGUUUAGACCAUGAAGUCAUGAUCAUGAAACAAUUAGCAUCUCAAGGCCAACAUGAACAAGGGACAGAAUUGGAAUUGGGGGCAAGUUCGAAUGGCGGAAAUGGAGGGGUUGAAAUAGAGACGGGCGAACAAAAGCAACAAUUAGAUUAA